UCCAUGUAUUCUUUUAUCAUCUUAUUCUAUCUUCUCUUCCCUGUGAUAUCUUCUUUCUAAUUCUUCUGUCUAUCAGAUUUUCUCUUCUCUUUCUACAAAUUCUCAUAUUCUCUCUCAUUCUCUCUAACACUCUCUCUUGGAAUAUUUUCUUCUAUUCCAAAUGGGAAUGGAGGUGAAAAGAAGAAGAAGAUUAUGAUGAAGAGAAUGAUGAUAUUGUGAAGAAAGAGCAAAGAAAGAGAAGAUAAAAACAAGAGAGAGAGAGAGGGAGAGUGAGAGAGAAGAAAAAAAAAUUACUGUUUUCGUUUUUCUCUAUUGUUAUUAAUCUAAUUGUGUUUUCGUUGUUGUGUGUUAGUGUUUUUUAGUUUUUCUCUUCUGUUAUUUAUUUAAUUUAGUUUAAUUGUCUAUAAUUAAUCAACAGAGAAGUAAGAAAAAGAAGAAGAUCAAUUAAUUAAUUGUGUGUUUCCAACAAUCAACCAACUGAAAGAAAUUAAAUCAAUUGUGUUAACCGAAACAGCAACAAAACAUCAACAACGACGAGUUAAAGUGUUAAUUGUUUCCAAUCUCUUUAAAUCAUCUUAAAAUCAACCAAUUAGUAAAUUCUCACCAAUAAUAACCUGAAAUCCUCCCCGAGAAUCAACUUAAUCACAAUUAAUUAAUUCCAUUUCCAUAUCAUCCAGAAUCUCUGGUCAAAAAGCCACAAUCAGAUUCUCAUUCAUCUCUAUUGGUUUAAUUAUCUUUUCCUCCUUCUCCUCAUCCUUUAUCGUUAAUUGCUGUUGAUUUAUUCGCUUAAUUAUCUCCUGUUAAUCUUCUUAAUCAUCAUCAUCAUCAUCAUCAUAAUUCUCUCUUAAUUAAUAAAUUCUAAAAUCGAUUGCAAACUCCAUUCGAAACGGAACCGGAACCGAUAAAUUUUCGCUUCUUUUUUUUCUUCCUCUUCUUCAGUAUAUUUGUUUUCUAUUCUUCAUGUUUCAAUUUCUAUCAUCAUCAUCAUCAUCCAUUUAUCAUCAUCACCAUCGCACCAAUUUAAUUCUGAUUAUCUCAAAUAUCCAUAUGAUUAACUGAUUUAAUCCUAUUCUGUUAAUUUUUUUCUCAUAUAAUAUAUUUAUCAACCUAAACCCUCAGAGAAACUGGAAACCUAAACAUCAGAUUAAUCAAUAAUUUGUAGCUGAUUGUGAGUUUAUCAUGGAUUAAAUAAUGAUACUACAAUUAAUCAACAUUCAUCAUCAUCAUUAACAAUUGAUAUUAAUCAAUAGGAAACAUCGAGCUUGCAGAAAACAACAAUAAAGGUAAACAGAUAUAACCAAAGAAGCUCAAGUAUAUUUAUUAAUCUCUAAUCCCUGUAAACAACAAUGUGAUGGUUGAAAAGAUAAUCUCAUCGGUGUAAUAUUUUUAAUCUACUUUAUUUGGAUAAAGCUUAAUUUCACUUGUCACAAUUAGAAGGGCAAAUAAAUAACAUGUUAACAAUUAGUAAAUCAUCGCAAUUCACCACUAAAGGUGAAAGAUUAUCAACCGGAAAACCGGUGAAAACCAGGACAAAAUUAAUCAAUUGCACAGUUUUACCAGCUGAUUGUAAGAAGAUAAUUAUUCAAUCGCAAAGGGAAACAAUUAACAAUCAACAAGAUGAUUCGAUUAUAAAUAAACAGCAUUUCUCUCACUUUUGUCUAAUCGGUUCAACAAUUAAAUCAAUCAUUGUCUUUUUGGUAAAAACCUUUUGGAUCCAUUGGAUUAUCCCAAUUGUGGUAAUCCUUUUAUUUCAAUCUUCGAGGUAUAAUUUUUCCUCCGCCUUACCUCAUGAUGAUAAUCUCUUUUAUGCCGAUUCAUCAUUCCCCUCAUCAUCAUCAUCAUCUUCAUCAUCUUCAUCUUCAUCAUCGUCGUUUUCAAGUUAUAAUCAAAUUCAUUAUUCAGCAUAUCAAAAUGAUCCCUUAAUUGUGUUAACCAACAAAGGUUAUGUUCGUGGUCGUUCAGUCACCUCGCCCACAGGUAAACCAGUCGAUGCUUUCUUAGGUAUUCGUUAUGCAAAACCACCCACCGGCCGAUUCCGUUUCCGUCACCCUAAGCCAGUCGACUCUUGGGAGGGUAUUUUUAAUGCAACCUCAUUUUCGGGUGCAUGUUUCCAGGUAAAUGACACCUUUUUUGGUAACUUUAAAGGUGCCACCGAAUGGAAUCCAAAUGUACCUUUAGAUGAAGAUUGUCUUUCUGUUAAUAUUUGGGUACCACGUCCUAGACCCAAAUCAGCGGCAGUUUUACUUUGGAUCUAUGGAGGUGGCUUUUGGUCGGGAACCUCAUCCCUUGACUUUUACGAUGGAUCCGUCCUGGCAGGGGAAGAGUCAAUUAUAUUUGUCUCAAUUAAUUAUCGAGUUGCCUCCCUUGGAUUCAUCUUUUUUGACACCUCUGAUGCACCCGGUAACGCGGGUCUUUUUGAUCAGCUAAUGGCAAUGGAAUGGAUUCGAGAUAAUAUCGCCGCUUUCGGUGGUAAUCCGGCAAAUAUAACGAUCUUCGGUGAAUCAGCUGGAGCCGUUUCAGUUGCCCUUCAUUUACUUUCCCCGCUCUCACGUAACGUUUUCAGCCAAGCAAUAUUACAAUCUGGUUCGGCCACUUGCCCUUGGGCAAUUGUUGAUCGUAACAAAGCUUAUGCACGAAGCCUCGCCUUGGCCCGUUCGGUUGGAUGUGAUUCACACACCACACGAAAAGACCUAAAGUCAAUCAUUGAGUGUAUGCAAUCUAUACCCGCCUCUGUAUUGGUUGCAAAAGAAGAGGUGACCACCGGUGUGGUUGAUUUUGCCUUUAUUCCGAUAGUUGAUGGUUCAUUUCUCGAUGAGGAUCCAGAGAUUUCAUUGAGAACCAAGAAUUUCAAGCACACCGCCAUCUUGACAGGUUCCAAUCGAGAUGAGGGAACUUAUUACCUAGUCUAUCAUUCACCUCACAUAUUUAACCUCUCGGAGAGUGUUUAUGUUUCCCGAGCUGAAUUUCAAUCUCUCAUACGAACAAUUUAUCCUCAUCUUUCCCCUCUGGCUCAAGAAUCAAUCAUCUAUGAGUAUACACAUUGGGUUAAUCCUGAUGAUCAGAUUGAAAAUCGUGAAGCAACCGAUAAGUUUGUCGGUGAUUAUCAAUUCACUUGUCCAGUUAACGAGAUGUCCUAUCGAUACGCUUUAUCGGGUAACGAUGUUUGGUCUUAUUAUUUUAAUCAUCGAUCAUCUAAAAGCUUUUGGCCUUCAUGGAUGGGGGUAAUUCACGGAGAGGAGAUCAAAUUUGUCCUUGGUGAACCUUUAGAUCCAGUUCAUGGCUAUACUCAGGCGGAAGUUCAGUUAAGCAGGCGAAUCAUGAGAUAUUGGGCUAACUUUGCGAAAACAGGGAAUCCCAAUCGACAGUCUAUCGAAAGUGACGCUACGGAGAGUAUAGUGUGGCCUGAGUAUACCGCUCAUGAGAAAGAGUAUCUGGUCAUUUCGACCAACGAUUCAUCAAUCGGACGAGGUCUUCGGGCAAAACAAUGUGCCUUUUGGAAAAACUUUUUACCCCAACUAAUCAACGCUCUAGAAAACCGUCAUAACUCAACUUGUAUCAAUAAAUCAAAUCAAUUGGAAUCAACAAUUUGGAGCCUUGUCACUUCAAUGGUAACAAUUAUACUAAUUUGGUUCCCAAUGAGAUAAUCAUCAAGCUGAUUAAUUAAAACUCAAUGAGAUGAACAUCUAAAUCAAAGAUGACCAUUUGAUAGCAAAUCAAUACAUGAAAAAUGGAGGAAAACAAAAUUAAUAAUCACAAUUAACUCUCAUUUUAGUGCCUAGCAUAAUAAUAAUCAUAACAAUUAACAGGAUUUAACGAAGAUCAUCAUCAUCGAGAGAGAAUUGAAAUUAUUUCCACAAUUUAAUUGUCAAAUAACAGAAUUGUUACCAAUGAAUUAAUCAAAUCAUCACCACCGCUCUUAAUAUUAUCACAAUUACCAAUAUAUAAUCAACAUAUCGAUUGAAAAUCUCAUCAUGGAAAUGAUAAAUUCUGGUCCAUUGGUAACGAUAAUUGAACUGAAAAAAAAUGCAAUUACUUGAUUAUGGAAACAAAAUUAACCUGAUAUCGUAUAUUAAUAUCAUUUACCUUGUUAUAUAUAUGGUACACAAGGUGUACCAUUAUUACAUUAAUAUAAUUGGAACCAUAGGAUUAUCUUGAUCAUCUCUGAUUAUCCUCAUCUUUUCAUCCCCUGGAUGGAUAAUAUCAACUCAAGGAAUCACCUGAAGACCAAAGGAUAAAUUAUUAAUAUUAAAGAAUCAUCAAUAUCCACGGGAGCACAAUUAUAUAUCUCUCUCACUCUCACUCUCUCUCUCUCUUAUAAAUAGUAAUAAUAAUAACGAAACCAAAGGUUGUGUCGCAUCUUCAUCAUCCUAAUCAUUAUCAUCUCUCAUCAUCAUCAUCAUCAUCGCAAGGAUAUUAAGGAAACUUCACCAAUAUCAGAUUCUAAGGAUAAACUCAUAGAAAGGAUAAUAUCGUGAUCUUUUUUUUCAUUUUUUCUUCUUCGUCAACAAUUAACUUUAAUUAUAUUCUCAUCGUCUCUUAAUCAUCAUUCUGAUAAUAUUAUGAUAAAUUGAACGUUUCGCCUUCCCUGUCCAUUUAUCAACAUCUUCAUCAUCGUUGUCAAUACAAAUUAACAAUUAAUUUGUUAAUCAUGUUCAAUUUAACUGGAAAAACAAAAACAAAGGUUGUGUUAUCGUCGCUUAUAAAUAUAUACAUAAUAAUUAACUCAACAAUUAACUUUUACCUAAUCAACUGAUCAACAAAUCAAAUUGGAAAUCUUUUUAAUUGUUUAUCCUCAAAUCCCUUCUUAUUUCAUUAAUCCAAUCUAAUUUAAUUACCACCAUUGAGUUAACCAACAAUACCUCAAAUUAGGAUUUUUGUUUUAAUUUCAAUUUCUUGAUUUGAUUCAGUGAUUAUUUUGGUGUUAAUUGUUGAUUUAAUUUAUCUUAGACUAAACCAGUAACUCAAUUGAGCUUAAAGUCAUCAAAAUCUUAAACCAAUGAUACAUUUCAAUUGUAAUUAAGUUAAUCAACAAAAAAAACACUCUAGUUAAUUUAACCGUAACCAUUGCAAUAAUUAUAAUGCUUAUAAAUAUGAAAACAAUUAAUUACAAUUAGUUAGUUAAAUGGUUGUAAUGAUUAAAAUUAACAUUGAAAUUUAUGGUUGUGACCAUUUCCUUCCAGAACCUUAAUUAACAAUUAACUCUCUCACUCACUCACUAAUUGACUCACAUAAAAUGAAAUACCAACACAAUUAACAAUUAAAUUCACUUGAUUAACCAACAAUCAAUUACAAAUAAAAGCAAACAACAAAUUCACAAUUAACAUGAAUGAACUUGAUUAAAGUUGAAUGAGGCAAAAAAAAGCAAAACAAAUGUUAAUCAAUUAGAAAUGUUUUCGUAUCCAAAUGGAUUGUAAAAUCUAAUCAAUUGUAAUCGUAAACUAUUGGACAAUUAUUAAUAAUUUAUUGAUCCAGUUAAAUGUUAACAAAAAUUUUGAUUGAAGAAAAUGAAUGAAUUUGAAUUUAUCAACAAUUUAAAUCAAUUUUAUUGUAAAAAAAAGCAAAUCAAAUCAAUGGGAUCACUGAUUUAGUGAAUUGAUGGUUGUGUUCAUCUUUACAUCAUAACAUUACAUUGUAUUAUUAUAUGAAAACAAUUAAUUCGUUAAUUAUUA